AUGAUCACUGAAAUCAACAUUAUAGAUUACGGAUGCGGAUUCUGUGGAGUCAUCAUGUCGAUGUUCGUUGUUCAUUUCGUUUUUCGAUUCUUCGCAUUGGAAAGGAAAGGAAAUUUGAAGUAUUUUGAGGGAUGGUUCUUCAUAUGCUGGCUUGCCGUUCCCAUAUUCAUGGGCUUUAUUUGGGCUCAAACUGUUCUGGCAUUUCUACAUGAAGACCCCGAAAGUUCAGAGUAUAUGAGAGAAAUCCUCCUCCAAAACUAUAACUUAACUAUACCGGAAAUUAUGUACGUCGGUGUUUUGUAUCACAAAAAGACAGCAGACGGAAAGGAUAUUCUGAAUUACAAAGGGAUUCAGGGAGUGUGUAUUCUGGGAACUAUUAUGACAAUCAUUCCGGUAUUCUUCAUGAUUGUCCCUCUAUCCAUCUAUUUCUUCUCUCCUCUCUUCCAUCUUGGAUUCCAAAUUAUUGGAGAUGUCACCACUUUCACCACAGCGCUCUACCCAAUAAUCGACCCGUUGCCUGUCAUUUUUGUCAUCGACAAUUAUCGGAAUGCUGUUUUUGAGUUCUUCGGAUGUCUCAAAGCUGCAAGAGAAGUGAAUAUUAAUGUGACGAGUAGCAGUGUUGUUAAUUAA